GAUUACAAUUCCUAGUUCUACCCAACACAAGACACGAUACCCGAAGCUUCCAGAAGUCAAUCAUAGUUAUACACCCAGCGCCCAUGGCAUUCUCUUCUGUAUCAAGCCCACUUUCCACUCCCACCCUUCCCACAACUCCCACUUAUUUUACCAGCAUGUGUCAUAUGGCUAACAGUAUACUUACCAACCCAUUAACCAAUCUGCGCAGAUCCACGUUCUGGUUAUCCUUACCUGCUUCUUCACGCUCUCCCUGGUUGCGGGAAUCGCUUAUUGGGCAAAUACCUGGUUGAGGGGGAGGCAUCAAGAUCGACGGGAGGUGGCUUGAUGUCGGUGACAUGUGGAGGUUUGAAAAUACGUGGAGGGAGGACUCGGAUUUGGAGAGUGGUGACGGGGUGGAUUCGGCUUUGGUGUUGUUAGGUGAUGUCGGAGACUUGUUUUUGUAGGUAACUUUAUCUAGAGUUUUACUAGUCACGCAUUGUGGUGACAGUGUAACGGUUGGAUAGUGAUAUGACGAUCGGGGAUUGAAUUGAUACCUGUAAGGUGGUGGGGAUAUCUACCUUUUGU